AUUAAGCCGCUUUAUCAGUUUCCACGUAAAUUAAAGCUCGUUGAUUAAUGAUGAUGAACUAAAAACAGGCGUACCCAGAGUCAGAACAUUUUACUUGAAUUUCAAAAGUUAUUUCCUCCGGACCAUGGUUUCAACACGUUAUCCCCAGGUAACGCGAAAUAAGGUGUAAGACGCCAUCUUGUGGCUACAACAUGCUAAGCAAAUGUGAUGACUAAAAGGGCCCUUUAUCGUGUUGUAUCCUGGGAAACGCAGUACCAUUGUUGUUGGAAUUCGUCCGGGCACCGAAUUUCAUCAUAAAUACUCUUUAAAUAAAUUAUACUGCUAAAUAAAUUACAUUCCAAUAUAUGUUAAUUAAUUAUUUUCACAUGUAAAAAAACAUUUAAAUAUAAACUACCCGUUAUAACUGUGUACGAGUAAACUACAAUGACCACAACCGUAGAGCUUUUUGUUUAUGCUGUCGACAGUGGAUGACAGCAGCUGCAAGAUCUUAAAGCAUACACCGCCGGUGGGAAAAUAAUCUGCGUUUGUGAUACUGUGUAGUCAACUAGGUAGUAAGUUAAUGUUUUUCACAAUCUAUCAUUAUUUAUUAUAGUUUCGUCUUUAAAGAGGGAUACCUGAAAAGUUUCCAGGAUAGCUUUUCUCAGUAGUCGCAGCCCUUUAGCUAACGUUAUAUCUGAACCGGAGACGGGAUGUAAAUGAACGUUAAUCCAGACGGGAGCCGAGCAGCAGUCAGUCACACCCAUGUCUGGGGUUACUAAAGGAACUCCGUCUGCUGAGCUACAUUAAAUAGCUAUCCUUAACAUGUUAUGCUGUUUUAUAUAAAUAAACGUUAGCCUCAGACUUCUGAAUUGGAGCUUUAGAACAACAGAAUUAACCGGGAAGUGUGGACUGGAUAUGACUGACUCAUCAUCAUGGCACAGACAGAGGAGAUAACCCUUAACGGUCUGUCUGCUGCAGUGCCAACCAGAUAGCUUCAUAACUAGUUCCACAGAUAAGAUAUUUACACCUUCAGUCGUUUUCUUGAUAUACAAGCCCUUGUAGUCAAAGUGGCAUUAUGAAUUCCCCGAUAUACACCUUUGUUAGCCGCGACGACAACAGCACUGUUUAUGCAGAAGUUUCCAAAAUCCUCCUCUCAACUGGACAGUGGAAGAGGCUGAAAAGAGACAAUCCCAGAUUCAACUUGAUGCUGGGUGAACGGAACAGACUGCCCUUUGGACGUCUAGGUCAUGAACCAGGACUGGUGCAGCUGGUGAAUUACUACAGAGGAGCAGACAGACUUUGCAGGAAGGCGUCUUUGGUCAAGCUAAUAAAGACCAGCCCAGAGCUGUCUGAUUCCUGUAACUGGUUCCCAGAAUCCUACAUCAUCUAUCCUACUAACCUCAACACCCCUGUCGCUCCAGCCACAAAUGGCAUUAGCCAUCUGAAGAACAAUCCCAAGACGGAUGAGCGAGAAGUUUUCUUGGCCUCCUAUCACUCUAAAAAAGAAAGUGGGGAGGGCACAGUGUGGAUAGCAAAAUCUUCUGCUGGAGCUAAAGGUGCUGGGAUUUUGAUAUCCCAUGAUGCUAAUCAGCUGCUGGAGUACAUUGAUAAUCAGGGACAGGUUCAUGUUAUUCAGAAGUACCUGGAGAAACCUCUGCUUCUGGAGCCGGGACAUCGGAAGUUUGACAUCAGGAGCUGGGUGUUAGUGGACCACCAGUACAACAUAUAUUUAUACCGGGAGGGUGUGCUGCGGACUUCCUCUGAGCCCUACAACAGCUCUGACCUCCAGGACAUGACCAGCCACCUGACCAACCACUGCAUCCAGAAAGAGCACUCCCAGAACUAUGGACGAUAUGAGGAGGGAAAUGAGAUGUUCUUUGAUGAGUUCAGACUGUACCUGCUGAACACUUACAAUGUCACCCUGGAGACCACCAUAUUACCUCAGAUCAAGCAGAUCAUAAAGAGCUGUCUGACAUGUAUUGAGCCGACAAUCAGCACCAAGCACCUGUCCUAUCAGAGCUUCCAGCUCUUUGGAUUUGAUUUCAUGGUGGACGAGAGCUUCAAAGUGUGGCUCAUUGAGAUCAACGGAGCUCCAGCCUGUGCACAGAAACUCUAUCCAGAGCUAUGUCAAGGUAUCGUGGAUGUAGCCAUUUCCAGUGUCUUCACUCUAAACAGCGGCGGUGACUCCUCAUCUGCUUCCUCUUCCCCUUAUUCCUCCUCCCCAUCCUCCAUGUUCACCACAAACUCAUGCUCCUCUCCCAAACUGAGAGCACCUCUUCAUGUGGGCCCUUUCACUCGACUGUAAGCACACCCGUGGGGCUUUUCCAUUGGCACUUAAGGCCGUGCCGAGUCAAACCAUGCCGCACUGAUUUCUGAUUCCAUUGUCAAUUCAACCGCUCAGAGUUGUGCUGUGCCUGAGAUGGAGUACCUCAGGAGUGGCGUCAAAGGGCACCAGGUUCACCUGCCCGCAGGUUGCCGUGACAUGUCCUCUACCGUAUCCAAUCCGUGACGUCCCCCUUUUCCCCUUCUAAUAAGCGUGUGUCGUGAGACUCAGCUCAUGCUUGGAGACCAGAGAGAAAUGUAUUUUAAAAAGUCUCUGUGUGUUCAGCUCUCAGUUCCUUUGCAGCUUCUAUAACUGGAUUUCUGUGGUUUUAAGUCUAGUUUCCGUCCUGUGUCGAUCUUUGUACUUUUUGAUGUCUACUUUCCUUUACUGUUUCUUCAUGUUUGCUGUUCGUUAAGCUGUAGGAGUCGUGUUAGGUUACUACAGGAGAAAAUCCAACAUUUCCUGAUUCAUAAUAAAAGCCUUUAAAUAACAAAAUAAUGGCGUACUAUAAAUGUAAAUAAUUUAUAGGGAAUUAAAUGUGUUAACACCUUUGAUAAUACUGCAGGGAGGAAGAGUACAGUGAGAAAGAGCCACAGUCAGAUUGUAAGUGAGCUGCAGUGUGUUGUCAGUUAAAGACACACCUUCAAAUGGGUAGCAUUUUGUGAUAUUUGGAAUAUAAAGCUAUGCUGGACUGAUGCGCUGAGUCAAAUCAAGUCACGGCAAGCCAGCACACGUGCAUGGAAAAGCCCCAAAAUAUUCCCUAGUCUCCGUACUCAAAGCUUCUUCAUACCCUGUCCCCUCUCAUCAACUCUGUCAGCGAGCCGAGCCUUUAACUGUUCCUUGCCUGUCAUGUAUGGAGGGAGUCUGACUUUCUCCACUGAACUGUAUGGAAAUGAUCUCUGCUCUUCUGAUUAUGCAUACAAGGAAUGUCAGGAUGGUUAUGAGCAAAUCAACAGGACAGAUGACUUUGCGCUCUCACUUCCACCCCCAAUUUCUCCCCAUGCAGACUAAGGGAGCUCUAAAGGAUGCAGAGCUGCUCCCGCUGAGACUGUAGUGCCUUACAUUUCCAGCCACGCUUCCUUAAAAAA